GCCUCGGCCGCGCGACGAAGGCGCUAAUCAGGGCGAUACGCGCCCAACAAUUAGCCGAACGACAAGCCGCCGUUUCGGCUUCGACCACUGCCCUACGGACCACGUCACAGCGGCUGCGCCGGCACGCAUAUCGCCCGUAACGCCGACGCCCUGAAACCGACAAAAUCUAGCCGAGACGCAAGCCCGACGCAGCCAUGAUCCCCAGCCCGCGCUCCGUCACGACGCGCCCCCCGAGCCCGGCCGACGACAUGGACGUGAGCGACGACGAGUGCCCCAUCCCCGAGAUGCCCUCGUUUUUGCCGGCGCUGCUCAUCGAGUGCCUCGGCUACCCGGCCGGGCUGGGCGCCAUGGUCGCGUGCCAGAGCUGGCGCCAGCAGGCCGAAAGGAUAUUUAGAGCCGAGUUAGCUGAAUUACGCACCGCCAAUGAUUGCGUGGCGGAAUAUCUGGAUCUGCCCAAGAGCACCAAAUCCACGAUCAGCGUGGCCUUCUCCGCGGACCAUCGACGCUUCGCGUCGACGCACGGCGACCACACGGUCAAAGUUGUGGAUUUUGACAGCAAGGAGGUCGUGUCUACGCUCGUCGGCCAUCCGCGAACCCCAUGGACGGUCAAAUUUCACCCGACGGAUCCGGACAUCGUGGCGAGCGGCUGUCUCGGCUUUGAAGCUCGAGUAUGGAACUGUACCACUCAAAUAUGUUUGCGGAAGGCCGAGUUCAACCGCGCGAUCAUCUCGCUGUCCUUUCACCCGUCUGGAGACAUCCUUGCGGUCGCCGCUGGUACCGCUAUUUACUUGUGGGAUUAUAGUUCAGGAGCGCCUCCCAUAAGAGAAUUCGUGCACGAGCACCCCAUUCGCUGUUUGCGGUUCUUGCCUUCCCGUGAUGCUCUCAUUGUCGGGGCGGCGAACAGUACGAGAGGCGAAGAGGAUGAUAGACUGACGUUCCAGCUCAUGCUCUGUGCCUUUGACGUGAAUGCUGCCAGAGAGGACGCCUCUUCGCACUCUACCAGAGCAAGACUCACGUCCUCACCUACUUCUUCCCUGGAAAACGAGCCGCCGCUCGUCGCGCGGGAGCAAGGCGGCGGCCGCGCCAUCGGCGCGCACCCGCGCAAGGUGCUGAAACGUGCUUUAUUCUACAAUGACGGCGGGUUUGACGUCUCGCCGUGCGGGCGCUUUCUAGUGAGCUGCGCGGAGCUGUAUGUCCCUGGGGCCGCGGUGAGCACGGAGACACCUCCUGCGGAAGAGGCGAACGAGCCGCCGCCGCCGCCUCCAUUACGUUUGCAUCCUUCCACGCCGUCGAUGCCGCUGCCGUCGUUUGUCUCGCGGUCUCCAGCCACACCUGGUAGUAACCAGAGCUUCUUCGGGCGGAUCUUCGCGUCGCCGCAGCCGUCGACGCCGCCGCGACCCUGGUCCGUCACGUCCACGCAAACGCCGCCGCCGCCGCCCGCCCCGGUCCAAGAGGGCCGAUACCGGCCUCAUCUUGUGGUGGUGUCCCUGACGGAGGAGACCGAGGAGGGCGAAGGGCGGUUGUUGCAGGCCGCGCCCUUGGACUCGCAGAGCUUCUCGACCAAUACCACGGAAGCGGGCGGUUCUGAUAUCGUCACUUCUGUGAAGCUGUCGCCGACGGCAUCUUUGGUACUACUGGGCCACUCGCGGGGCGGCGACGGGACGUCUUCGGAUUCCGCACCGCGAGUCGUGAGCGUCACUUAUAGAGUGGGCGACAUGGCGCGAGUAGACGUCCGAGAAGAGGUCGGCGACGACGUGAACAUCGCGCGCUUCCACCCGACGCCGGGCCGCGGCCUCAUCUACGGGACGAAGCAGGGCAAGCUCUGCCGCAUGACGCCGCGGCCGCCGACGCCUACUCCGCCCGCGGGGCCCUAGCUAACUUGCUUGAUUACGAUAGUAUUGCCGGAUACUUAGGUUGUCAUCGCUCCCACCGCCUCGCAGAUGGAGGUCACGUCGCCCGACGCUGCAUCUUCCACCGGCGCGGCAUCGGCGGCGAGCGUCUUUGCGAGCUCUGCGCGCUCCUGGGCGAGUUUCGCGCGCGCCGUUCGAAACGCGUCCUGGGCAAGCGUCUCAGGCGUUUCGCGGGCGCGGAGCGUGGCUCGCGCAUUUUGCAGGGUCCCCUCAAUGUUCUUUGUGAGGGGAUGCGAGCCACCGAGCACACGCCGCGCGGUCCGUCCAGCGUCCUCGAGCGUCGACACGGCCUCACGGAGAUCGUCGAGCGUGGCGGCCGGGUCGUCGUAGAGCGCCGUCGCAUAAAUCGACCUCAUCAUGAGCACGAGUUGUUCAUUCUCCCCGAGAAUGCGCCGCGCAACGGGCAUCGUUUUACGCACGAGCGACUUGGCUUCUUCGAAGCGGCCAAGACCAAAAAGGGAUGUCGCGUAAUUGUUGGCUGCUAUGAGAGUGUGUCUAUGUUGCUCGCCAUUGAGCUUCAAAUGUCCGGAGUAUACGUCUCGCUUCAUUUCUAGGGCCUCUUCAUCCCGUCCUAGCUGGUCAUACGUCACCGCAAGAUUGCUCUGUACGUCGAGCACAUCUUCUUCUGAUGCGCCAAUGCGCCGCAUCAUAGACAAAUUAGCCUCUUCCACGGACAACGCGUCCUCGUGAUUUCUUGUAGCGGCUAAACCGCUCCCAAGCACACUCAUCGCCAUGCCCCGAAUCUCGUCCUCCGGCCGCCCCAAGUACGUCUUCCAGCAUGCCCACCCCAGCGCGCAAUACACGACGCCAUGGUAGUCUUGCUUGCACAAGCUGCACGUGUUCCACCGAUGCCACCGAUCAUUCAUCAUCUUCCCGUCCAAAUUGUUCUCCUCGCCCUCCGCGAACAAAAUCUUGGCCUGCUCCGCCAAGCACGAAACGUGCGCGAAACCUGCCGUCCCGCGGCACGAGCACCCGCGCACGAGGCCCUCCUUCGUUUUCCAGUGCAAAGCUUGUGUACAGAUGUAGCACGUCUGGCCCUUGGUGUCCUCCGCGCACGCCUCCGCCGCGUCCGUCACGGCCUCCGCGUACUUCUUAUUUGCGUUGUAUUGCUCAGCGCCGCCUGCUUUUUUUAUUGGUUUGCAGAGCUUGUCGUGCCCGCCUUCUUUCCAGUGCUGCACCUGGCAUUCGGGUCCGCAGUAGCGCGUGCUGCAGCGGCCGCAUUUCUUGCCCAAGGUUAGCCCAAGGUCGGUGGCGCAGACGGCGCACUGCGUGAGGAUCAUCUCGUAUAUGGUCAAAUCGCUCGGGGCAGCCGCGACGCCGUCGACGCGAAAGGCGAGCUAGCGGUCGUAAGACACUAGCAUUUAGGCCGGCCGGGCGCGCAGCAGCCUCAUACAUGCGCGUCGCGGCCAUAGACGUGGACAGCGAACGCUUAACAAGCACCGCAAACCGCCGCGCCAGCUCUGCACCGCGAGAAGGCGCCGCGGGCAGCCAUCAUCGCACCACACCCAUGGCCCGCACAUGAGAAGUGCAUUGCUCCUAGCCGCCGCAGCCGUCGCCGACGACGCGCCGGACUGGCUGCCGGCGUCGCUGCGGCGCCUCGGGCCCGUGACGCGGUCCGAACGCCACUGGCAAGAACUGAAAAACUUCUUCCGACCCGGCGGCCCCUCGGAAAACUUCCGCAUAGCCGUCGACGCGAGCUGCGUCGAGGACGACCUGAGUUAUGACACGCGCUUCCGACCGCCGCGACCCUUUUCGGACAGGUCGAUGCCCUGGUGGCGCCUCGGGUCUUAUCAGUUAACACAUCCGAAAUGGUCGCUGGAAGUGUGGCUGCCUCUGGUGAUUGCGAGGAGUCGGUGGUACACCGAUCACAAGCCGAACAUUACCUUAGUACCUCAUGCAAAUACUCCGAGAACAAAAAACGGCAAGACGCGGCCGCGCCAUGCUUUAGGUUGGUGCCGCGACCGCGUCGCGGCCACGAAUCCGCACUGGGGUGCCAAUGGUGAUUCAUUUUUCUUCGUGGCAGCGUCGUCGCGAGGGCCUUGCUGUGAUGGGGGCCAACCGCGCGACCCCGGGUUGUUGCGGCACCACUUCAUCGGCCACGUUGGGGAGAGGUCAGAUGGGCCCUGGCUGUUCCGAGAAGCGCGGUUCGCGGAUCGGCUAUUGCGGGACUCGCAGUACAAGGCCCCCGUGACGAGAGAUACGGCGCCGCGCAUUCGCUGCUUCGACGAGAGGAAGGACAUUUCCGUACCUCCACCAGUAUUCCUACUUCGCGACCGCGGGGCCGGCGACAUUCGCGGGAGAAGUGAAGGUGAGGUACCUUCGUCAGACCGAGAUGUUUUGGUGCUCGGUGCGGAAGGGGCUUCCGGAGGCCUCGAAUAUGAUUUGAGGAGGGCCCUGACGGAUUUUUACGACCCCGGGGGCCCGGACCGACGGAAAUACAAUCAGGAGGACCCGCCGAUUGCUGGAGACGUCGUCAUCCGUUUCCGCGUGCCCUCGAAAAAUUACACGUCCCUGUUAAAGAGGGCGAAGUACUGUCUGGUGACGGAAGGCUUCUCACCCUGGUCACCUCGCUUAACGGAGGCCGUCGCGCACGGCUGCGUGCCCGUAUUUUUAUCUCCUUUGUUAAGGCCGCCCUACGCGUCUGUGCUGGACUACGCGAAGUUUAGUAUUUGGUUGACUGAAAAGGACAUACCGCACAUACCUUCUCUCCUAAGAAGGUACGACCAUGCGUCAUUAUUUGAGAAUCUGAUGCGCGUCAGACCAUUAUUUGCGUUCUGCGUCGAUGGUGGAGGCGAGGACGGCUGCGGGCGCGGUGGUAGUCUGGGCGUGCCCGGCGACGGGCUGCCCUUUUUGGUGUAUGAGAUGUUCUCUCGUCAAGUGAACGCUUAUACUGAUACGUCCUCCACUCUAUUGACGGAGGGCGGCUAUACAUCCGUGGACUACGCCUGCAACGCGGAGGACGGAUCGUGUUCCCUCUCCCUGAAGGACGAAAGGUGGCGCUGCGCCAUGGCGAACCGCCACGCGUGCAUGUGCCAGCGCGAAGUGGAUGGGGUCUACCGCUACGUGGGCAACACCACAAACCUCAAGGGCCACAAGAAAAAUUUAUAUCACAACUAA